AUGCGGACCUUUCGCAGGCGUCAACGAGGACGAUGUGUAAUGCCCAAGCCUCAACCUGAAGCAUUCACGUUAUUGAUCGUGAUUGCAUCCGUGACAGUUCCAGUCGAUUCUACGAGUGGUUCGUCGUUAAUUAUGCCUCCCAGAAAAGGAGGAACUAAUUUAUCCAAACAAGGACAAAUUAUUUGUAAUGGUGAAAAUGUAAAUCAAGGUCAAACAGCAGUAGCUGAUGUUGGAGGAACAAUGGCGAUGAGUCAUAAUCCGAGAACAAAGGCCUCUGCUACAACAAAAACUUCUUCAGGAACAAAGGCUGGCCUGAUAAAGCAAUCAAAUUUUAGCAUCGCUCCUCUAAUUCUACAGGGCGUUAAGCUACAUAAAUUUCUAAGUCGAUCAGGCCAUUUUACAAUAUAUGCAGCUGAUGUUAGCUCGUUUAAUCGUCUAUUAAAUGAGUUAACACCAAUACUUGCGACAAACGGACAGGCUACAGCUAAAAUAUAUGUGCCCCGAUCCAUUCAACGUAUCAAAGAUACGAAAAAAGUCGCGUUUGUUAAAAAUGGCGACAUAGAAAUUCUGGAAGGUCGAAUAACUGAAGCAUUAGAGGACAUUGGACUUGAUGCUAUAGAUGUUGUUCGACUAAUGAAUAAAACUAAAAACGUUCCUACUAGAACGAUCAAGAUUACAUUUAGUGAUCCACAAAAUCGAAAUACAUUCGUUCAUACUGGUCUACAAGUGGACUCAAUGCAUUUCACAGCUGAAGCAGCAAAUCAAAACACCAAACCUGUAAAAUGCUAUAUAUGUCUGAAAUACAAUCAUGUGGCAAAAUACUGCAAAACGAAGCAGGAGAUAUGUGCUCGAUCUGGUGAAAAUCAUAGGAUUGAACAAUGUGCUGCUGCUAGUGAUGUGGUAAAAUGCUUCAAUUGUAACGGUAGUCAUAUAGCAACAUCAAGUGAAUGUGCAACUUAUAAAGAACAGGAGAAAAGAAUUAACAAUUUAGUUAAUCAAUAUUCCGCUCCGAAUAUACCAACAACAUCAGCUCCAGCCAUUCAUGACUUAAACGAAUUUCCAUCGCUACCAAACCUCUUACAACGUCAACAAGAACACAUUCAUAAUGAAUUAUUCGAUGAAAUUAUCAAUGUAUUAAGCAGCAAAAUGGAAAAGAUUAUCGAAGAAACAACCAGCGGACUAUUCCAGACGCUACUUAAGAAGAUCAAAAAGAUCGAAACAUUCAUCGAAACACACGACAACAACGUUAAAGAUGCCUUGACUAUCUCGGAUUCUGAUUCAGAAGAAGAAAGUCAAGUAGUUAAACACAUUAGAAACAAGCAAAAACAAAAGGUAGCAAUAACCAAAUUAACCACCUCAGCAACUGAUACAUCAAGCAAACCAACAACAACUUCAAAUGUAACUUCAUCAAAACCACCACGAAAAGCUAAAGAAGAAUCAAAACCAACCAAAAGAGUUCGAUCACCCAACAGCUCCUUAGAUGCAUCGACAUUUGAUAGCAAAGACCUAAAAACAAGCAACAACGAUGAUUAG